CAGGGGAAGUUUGGCUUGAGGCUCCCAGAAGAAGUAAUAGUUUCAGAACAGCAGAACCAGGGCAUCAGAGGCGCCACGAAAGCCAAAUAAAAAAGAUGCUAAUGUUUGACCCAGUCCCUAUCAAGCAAGAGGCCAUGGAACCUGUUUCAGUGUCAUACCCAUCCAAUUACAUGGACCAAAUAAAGCCAAACAAAUACAGCGUCAUUUAUUCUACACCGGGCAUGUUGCACAGCAAGUUCUACCCCGGCGCUGACGGACUCUCGAACGGGAUCCAGGUGGAGCCGGUGGACCUCACAGUGAACAAGCGGAGCUCGCCGCCCUCCACGGCGAGCUCUCCGUCCCCACUCAAGUUCCCACCUGUGCACAGGAGAGCGUCCCCGGCACUGGCGCUGUCCACCCCCAGCUCCCCCAUCAGCAAAUUCACGCCGUCGCCCCCGGGAGUGCAGCCCAUUUCCAUGCCCAUAACCAUCCCGCCCGUCAUGGCCGCCGCGCUGUCACGCCACGGCCUGCGCAGCCCCGGGCUGCUCCCGGUCAUCCAGCCCGUCGUGGUGCAGCCCGUGCCCUUCAUGUACGCGCCCCACCUCCAGCAGCCCAUCAUGGUGUCCACAGUGCUGCCAGAGGAGAUGGAGAGCCCCACCAGCGUGCCAGUGCCUGUCAUUGAGUCAUUUGAAAAACCUGCACUGAAGAAAGCAAUUAAAGUAGAACCAGGAAGUGAACCAUCCAAGACUGACUUCUAUCCUGAACAAAUAUCACCUCCUGUGAUGACCUCGUUGUCUCCCCAGCAAGUUAUGUUGCAAGAGAAUCACCCUUCAGUUAUUGUGCAGCCGGGAAAGAGACCUUUACCUGUGGAAUCGCCAGACACACAAAGGAAACGCAGGAUACACCGGUGUGACUACGAAGGCUGCAACAAGGUCUACACUAAGAGCUCCCACCUGAAGGCUCACAGAAGAACGCACACAGGUGAAAAACCAUACAAAUGCACUUGGGAGGGAUGCACAUGGAAGUUUGCUCGUUCUGAUGAACUAACACGGCAUUUCCGCAAGCAUACCGGAAUCAAACCUUUUCAAUGCCCAGACUGUGACCGUAGCUUUUCACGUUCGGACCAUCUUGCUCUUCACAGAAAACGCCACAUGCUUGUCUGACUGUCUUCUGUCCUGCCUCCCAUCACUUUUUUUUUUUUAUAUGUGCAUUUUAAUGUGGAUUCAGCUGGCCUGAAUCUCUGAGUUUAUACCAUUAAAGCUUACAUAUGGUCAGUAAGAGAUUUUAUCUAACCCUUCUAUGUCCUUGCCACGGGUCAGACCUAAAGAAUGUGAACACUUUUUUUUUCUCUCUCUCCUGGGGAUGCUAAGCAAACCCUUUCAGCAGACAGUAUGUUUAAUGUAUUCCUUUGCAAAUAAGGGAAGUUGUGAACUAACAGCUUUUGUUGGUUUCUUCACAUAAUCAACCCAGCAUAUACUGAUAAAGUAGUAAAUAUUAUUGAAUAUCCAGAAUGCUAGACCUUGCCAGAGACUUUAUUUAUGUACCCCGUAGAGGAUGCACUCUCAUUUUAUGCUCAACAAUGCAAUGAAUGGAUGCUCCCAACCUCAUUGGUUUCUGCAGUAUGGUUAA